AUGUGUACGUUGUUGCACCUCAACCCUGACCACAGCAUUCGGCGGCCAAUGAGCGCCGACUCGGCGAUCAUGAAUCCCGACGAAAAGAUCCUCGCGCUCAAGUCCGCACGACAGCUGCAGAUUUUCAAUCUUGACACCAAGUCGAAAGUCAAGUCGCACAGCAUGCACCAGGAUGUGAUCUUCUGGCGGUGGGUGUCUUCCACUACGCUGGGUAUUGUCACUGAUACCUCCGUGUAUCACUGGAGCAUCGAGGACGACGCGGCACCCAAGAAAAUAUUCGACCGCCAUGCGAGCCUCGCAAAUACACAAAUCAUAAACUACCGCACGAGCGACGACGGAAAGUGGAUGGUACUCAUUGGCAUCUCGAGUAACACGGGCGAGUCGCCCAGCUCGUUCAAGAUCAAGGGCUCCAUGCAGCUCUACUCGCGCGAGCGCGGCGUUUCACAGCCCAUUGAGGGCCACGCCGCGUCUUUUGCCGAGCUUCGCACGCAGGAUGCGCCGCAGCCCUACAAGCUCUUCACCUUUGCCGUGCGCUCUGCCACCGGUGCCAAGCUGCACAUUGUCGAGGUUGACCACGCUGCCGAGAACCCAACGUUUACCAAAAAAGCAGUGGACGUAUUCUUCCCCGCCGAAGCGGCCAACGACUUCCCCGUCGCGAUGCAGGUGAGCCGACGGUACGGUAUUGUGUAUCUUGUCACCAAAUACGGCUUCAUCCACCUCUACGACUUGGAGAGCGGCGCAUGCAUUUACAUGAACCGUGUCUCGGGCGAGACUGUGUUUGUUGCCGCGGAGCACAAAACGGCAAACGGAAUUAUUGCAGUGAACCGCAAAGGCCAAGUGCUGUCGGUAAGCCUGGACCAGGACACAGUCAUUCCCUAUAUUCUCGGCACGCUCAACAACACGGAUCUUGCUUUUAGGCUUGCCUCGCGCGGAAAUCUUCCAGGCGCCGACGAUCUCUACAUGCAGCAAUUCCACUCACUCUUCUCCUCUGGCCAGUAUGCCGAGGCGAUCAAGGUUGCUGCCAAGUCUCCUCGUGGAAUUUUGCGCAAUCCCCAGACCAUUGAGCAGCUCAAGCAAGUCCCUGCACAGCCCGGCACCCUCUCGCCCAUCCUGCAGUACUUUGGCAUGCUCUUGGAGAACGACACGCUCAAUCAGUUUGAGUCGAUCGAGCUCGCCAAGCCCGUGCUGGCGCAGGGCAGGAAGCACCUGUUGGAAAAAUGGCUCAAGGAAGACAAGGUCGAGUGCAGCGAGCAGCUCGGCGAUAUUGUUAGGCCGCACGACAUGAACCUCGCUUUGAGUGUGUACCUCCGCGCGAAUGUGCCCAACAAAGUCGUUGCUUGCUUUGCCGAGACGGGCCAGUACAACAAGAUUGUGCUCUACGCCAAAAAGGUGGGCUACGCGCCAGACUACACCACCCUUCUCCGCCAUGUUGUGCGCAUCAAUCCAGAACAGGGUGCCGAAUUUGCGAGCAGCCUUGUGACCGACGAGGACGGACCGCUGGUCGAUGUCGAGCGCGUCGCAGACAUUUUCCUGAGCCAAAACAUGAUCCAGCAAGCGACUUCGUUCCUCCUCGACGCGCUAAAAGACAACAAGCCAGAGCAGGGCGCUUUGCAGACGCGCCUCUUGGAAAUAAAUUUGCUAAAUGCGCCGCAAGUCGCGGAUGCGAUUCUCGGCAACCAAAUGUUUACACACUACGACCGCGCGCGCGUUGCCAACCUUGCCGAGAAAGCAGGCCUGCUGCAGCGUGCGCUCGAGCACUACGACGAUAUGGCCGACAUUAAGCGCGUCGUCGUCCAGUCCAACUUGUUCAACAGCGAGUGGCUCGUCGAGUACUUUGGUAGCUUGACUGUCGAGCAGUCACUCGAAGCUUUGCACGAGAUGCUCAAGACCAACAUCCGCCAGAACUUGCAGGUCGUCGUACAGAUCGCGACCAAGUACUCUGACUUCCUCGGCGCGCCAAAGCUGAUCGAGAUGUUUGAGUCUUUCCGCAGCUUUGAAGGGCUGUACUACUACCUCGGUUCUGUGGUCAACUUGAGCACCGACUCCGAAGUCCACUUUAAAUACAUCCAAGCCGCCACACGCACCGGCCAACUCCGCGAAGUCGAACGCAUUGUCCGCGAGUCCAACGCGUACAACCCUGAAAAAGUAAAAAACUUUUUGAAAGAGGCCAAACUUACCGACCAACUGCCACUCAUCAUUGUGUGCGACAGGUUCAACUAUGUGCACGACCUGGUCCUCUAUCUCUACCAGAACAUGCUCAUCAACUUUAUCGAGAUUUACGUCCAAAAGGUCAAUUCGACGCGCACUCCGCAAGUUAUUGGCGGCCUGCUCGAUGUCGACGGCGACGAGGGCAUGAUCAAGAACCUCCUCGCGUCUGUCACGGGGCCCAUUCCUGUCGACGAGCUGGUCGAUGAAGUGGAGAAGCGCAACCGCUUGAAGCUUAUCCUUCCUUGGAUCCGCAACCAAAUCGAGGCGGGCAGCGAAGACCAAGCGCUGUACAAUGCCAUGGCCAAGAUUAACAUCGACAGCAACAACAACCCCGAGGCAUUUUUGAAAGAAAACACGCUCUACGACCCCCUCGUCGUCGGCAAGUACUCGGAGAAGCGUGAUCCCUACCUGGCCUACAUUGCCUACGCCAAAGGCUACUGCGACGACGAGCUGAUCGCUAUCACGAACGACAACUCGAUGUACAAACACCAAGCGCGGUACCUUGUUCUUCGUCGCGAGCCUCAGCUCUGGGCCAAGGUGCUUGAAGAAGACAAUGUGCACCGCCGUGCGCUCAUUGAUCAAGUCACGAUGGUUGCCGUUCCCGAGUCUACGAACCCCGAAGACGUCAGCGCCACGGUCAAGGCUUUCAUGGCCGCCGACUUGCCGCACGAGCUCAUCAAGGUCCUCGAGCCGAUUGUUUUGGAAACGUCGGCAUUUAGCGAGAACCGCAGCCUGCAGAACCUGCUCAUGCUCACUGCCAUCCGCACCGACAAAGGCAAGGUUAUGGGCUACAUCGACCGCCUGCAUGGCUACGACAUUGACGAGAUUGCCAAGAUUGCCAUCGACCACGGCCUCUACGAAGAGGCAUUCCAGAUUUAUGCCAAGGCCGAGCAGCACCUCGAUGCGAUGAAUGUGCUCGUCGACCACCUCGUCUCGAUCGAUCGUGCGCAGCAGUACGCAAGCAAGCGCAACCUGCCCGAGCUCUGGUCGCGUCUCGGAAAGGCGCAGCUCGACGGACUGCGUGUCAAGGACGCGAUCGACUCCUACGUCAAGGCAGAGGACCCCAGCAACUUUGCAGAGGUGAUCGAGAUUGCCGAGCACGCUGGCCGCGAAGAAGAGCUCAUUCGUUUCCUCCAAAUGGCGCGCAAGAAGGCACGCGAACCCAAGAUCGACACCGAGUACGCCUUCUGCCUCGCCAAGGCAAACAGGCUCGGUGAUAUGGAGGAGUUCCUCAGCAUGACCAACGUCGCGGAUGUGCUCAGCGUCGGCGAAAAGAGCUUUGCCGAUGGGCUGUACGACGCCGCGCGGAUGCUGUUUAGCAGCGUGUCGAACUAUGCGCGCCUUGCCUCGACCUACGUCUACCUCGGAGACUACCAGUCGGCCAUUGAGGCCGCGCGCAAAGCCGGGAAUACAAGCGUGUGGAAGCAAAUGCACGCGGCAUGCCUCAACAAGCGCGAGUUCAAACUCGCUCAGAUUGCUGGGCUUGCCGUCAUUCCCCACGCCGAGGAUCUCCCGACGCUGAUCCGCGCGUACGAAGCCAAGGGCUACUUUGGCGAACUGCUCCAGCUCCUCGAGUCGGCGCUGGGCCUGGAGAGGGCACACAUGGGCGUGUUUACGCAAACGGGCGUUGCCCUCGCCAAGUACAGGCCCGAGCGCUUGAUGGAGCACCUCAAGCUCUACUGGUCGCGCAGCAAUCUCCCGCAGCUCAUCAAAGUCACGGAGCGUGCCGCGCUCUGGCCCGAGCUCGUCUUUUUGUACGUCAAGUACGACGAGUUUGACAAUGCCGCACUUGCGAUUAUGGAGCAUGCCGCCGACGCUUGGGACCACGACCAGUUCAAGGCGGUUGUGCCGCAGGUGGCCAAUGUCGAGAUUUACUACCGCGCGCUCACAUUCUACCUCGAGCAGCACCCGUUGCUCCUCAACGACCUGCUCACCGUGCUCGCAAAGCGCAUUGAUCACGGCCGUGUGGUGCGCAUGUUCAAGAAGCAUGACCACGAUAAUGUGCCGCUGAUCCGCCCUUACUUGAUUGCCGUGCAGCAUCUGAACUCGGAGGCGGUCAACGACGCAUACAAUGAUCUCUUGAUCGAGGAGGAGGACUACGAGACGCUCCGUGCCUCGAUCGAUGGGUUCGACAACUUCGACGCACUUGCGCUGGCUUCGCGCUUGGAGCGCCACGAGCUGCUCGAGUUCCGCCGCUUGGCCGCGCAUUUGUACCGCAAGAAUGGGCGCUUUGAGGACAGCAUUUCCCUCUCCAAGGCCGACGGUCUUUUCCGCGACGCAAUGGAAACAGCGGCGCACUCGGGCGAGGCGCCCGUGGCGGAGGAUCUGCUCUCCUACUUUGUCCACACGGGCAAUAAGGAGUGCUACGCUGCGAUGCUCUACGCAUGCUACGAUCUCCUCUCGCCGGAUGUCGUGAUGGAGGCCAGCUGGCGCCACGGACUUAACGACUUUACCAUGCCGUACCAGAUCCAGCAAGCGCGCGAUACGCGGACCAAGCUCCAGGCGCUGGAGAAAGAGGUCCGUGAGCGUGCGGAGAAGGAUACGGCCAAGGAGAAGCAAGAGGAAGACGCGCCGAUUCUGGGGGCUGGAUUCGGCAAUCGUCUCUUGACGGGCGGAAUGACUGCACAACCGACCGGCCUGUUUUCAUAG